GCUGCCCGCAUUUUCCCACCAUGCAGCGGGGUGAUGUCUGAGGAAAGAUGGCCGAAGGAGGAGCGGCUGAUUUAGACACCCAGCGAGGAGAGGUCGCGGCACUGUUGAAAACGCAGCUAAGAAAAGGGGACACCUGGUACCUGGUGGACAGUCACUGGUUCAAACAGUGGAAGAAAUAUGUCGGAUUUGACAGCUGGGACAAAUACCAGAUGGGUGACCAGAAUGUCUACCCUGGACCAGUUGAUAACUCUGGUCUACUCAGAGAUGGUGAUGUGCUGGCCAUCAAGGAGCAUCUUAUCGAUGAGCUAGACUACAUCCUGGUCCCAACAGAAGGCUGGAAUAAACUUGUCAGCUGGUAUGGAUUAACAGAGGGUCAGGAGCCAAUUGCACGCAAGGUGGUUGAGCAAGGUAUGUUUGUGAAACAUUGCAAGGUGGAGGUGUACCUGACAGAACUGAAGCUCUGUGAAGACAGCAACAUUGACAAUGUGAUCACCAGACGAUUCAGUAAAGCUGACACAAUAGACAUGAUAGAGAAGGAGAUGAGGAAGCUGUUCAACAUCCCUGAUGAGAAAGAAACCAGGUUGUGGAACAGAUACAUGAGCAACACCUUUGAGCCUCUCAACAAACCUGACAGCACGAUUCAAGAUGCCGGUCUUUACCAAGGACAGGUUCUUGUAAUAGAACAGAAAAAUGAAGAUGGCACGUGGCCUCGAGGCUCCACGGCAACCAAGUCAUCUGGUGCUUCCAAUCUCUCUGCUUUGCCAAAGAUCUCGCCUUCAUCUCUCACAAACAAUCAUAACAGCAGCUUCAACAGCAGGAAUGUAAAGAAUUCGAGCUACAGUCUGCCGUCCUACCACCCCUACACGAACAGCUAUGACUACUUGGACCAGAACAGGCAGAGCGAACACGCUGGUCUCUGUGGACUCUCGAACUUGGGCAACACUUGCUUCAUGAACUCUGCUGUGCAGUGUUUAAGCAAUAUUCCUCCACUUACGGAGUAUUUCCUAAAAGAAAAGUACACAAAAGAGCUGAACGAGGACAACCCUUUGGGCAUGAAGGGGGAAAUUGCCAGAGCCUACGCGGAGCUCAUCAAGCAGCUGUGGACAGGCAAAUACAGCUAUGUCACACCAAGGCCUUUCAAGACGCAGGUGGGCCGAUUCGCCCCACAGUUCUCAGGUUAUCAGCAGCAAGACUCACAUGAACUUCUUGCUUUCCUUCUGGACGGACUUCACGAAGACUUGAACCGCAUCAAGAAGAAGCCCUACAUCCAGCUCAAGGAUGCUAACGGCAGGCCUGAUAAAGUGGUGGCGGAGGAAGCGUGGGAGAACCACAUCAAGAGGAACGACUCCAUCAUUGUGGACAUCUUCCAUGGCCUUUUCAAGUCCACACUGGUGUGCCCGGUUUGCUCAAAGGUCUCUGUGACCUUUGACCCUUUCUGCUACUUGACUCUGCCACUCCCCAUGAAGAAGGAGAGGACACUUGAGGUCUAUCUGGUCAGACUGGACCCUCUGGCCAAACCCACACAGUACAAACUGACUGUACCUAAGGUUGGCUGUAUAUCCGACUUGUGUACGUCGCUCUCCACGCUGUCUGGUGUGCCUGCUGAGAAGAUGAUUGUAACGGACAUCUACAACCACCGUUUCCACCGGAUCUUUGCCACCAAUGAGAACCUCAGCAGCAUCAUGGAGCGAGAUGAUAUCUACGUGUUCGAGAUAGCGGUGAACAGGGUGGAGGACACGGACCACGUAGUGAUUCCAGUUCACCUGAGGGAGAAGUACAAGCAGUCGGGCUACAACCACACCAGCACGCCUCUGUUUGGGCAGCCCUUCCUCGUGGCCAUACCCAGAACCCUCAGUGAGGACAAGCUCUACAACAUGCUGCUGCUGCGUCUCUGCCGAUUUGUGCACUCUUCUAUAGAGGAGGAGGAGGAUUGUGAGGAGACACAGCCGUCCAAACAACACACUGUUAACGGGAACGCCACAAACGGACUCCUUGAGGAGGGGUCGCCGAGUGAGAUGGAGACUGACGAGCAGGACGAUGAGUCCAGUCAGGAUCAAGAGCUGCCCUCUGAGAACGACAACAGCCAAUCAGAGGACUCUGUGGGUGGGGACAAUGAACUAGAGAACGGUGUGGUUGGUCCACCGAACUCCACCAAAUGCCAGCAGACAGCCGGGCACAACAGAAAGAGACUUUUUACAUUCCAGUUCAACAAUAUGGGAAAGACGGACUUCUCGCUAAUCAAAGAGGAUACCAGGCAGAUCAGAUUUGAUGAGGGACACCUUCGACUAAGCGAUCGCUCGUAUCUCUCUUUGGACUGGGAACCAUAUGUCAAGAAGAAGUACUUUGAUGAGAGUGUUGUUGAGGAUUUUGACAAGCACGAGAGCAUGGACUACAAACCUCAGAAGAAAGCCUUCUUCAAGCUGAAAGACUGCAUCGAACUGUUCACCACUAAGGAAAAGCUGGGAGCAGAGGACCCGUGGUACUGUCCAAACUGUAAGCAGCACCAACAAGCCACUAAGAAGCUGGACCUGUGGUCUCUGCCGCCGGUGCUGGUGGUCCAUCUGAAACGCUUCUCUUACAGCCGCUACAUGAGGGAUAAACUGGACUCGCUGGUCGACUUCCCGCUCAGAGAUCUAGACAUGUCUGAGUUCUUAAUCAACCCGAACGCCGGGCCGUGUCUCUACGACCUCAUCGCUGUGUCCAACCACUACGGAGGGAUGGGCGGAGGCCACUAUACUGCUUACGCGAAGAACAAAGAUGACAGCAAGUGGUACUACUUUGACGACAGCAGCGUGUCGCCCGCCAACGAAGAUCAAAUAGUGUCCAAAGCUGGCUAUGUGUUGUUCUACCAGCGCCAGGACACUGUAAAGGGUACCGGCUACUUCGCUCUCGACCGUGAGGAAGAAGAGAAUGAGGAGGAGGAGGAUGAGGAGGAAGAGGAGGAGGAGGAGGAGGAAGAAGAGGAAGAGGAGGAGAAUGAGUGCGAGGAGAGUCAAGAGAGACCGAGUGCCUCUUCUGCUCAGGGGGCGCAGUCCGCUGGCGCAGCUGCUCCAAACGACGAGGACGACCCGAACGAGAACAGGCACAGGAAAAACGACAACGAACAGGCGGACAACGAGGAGGAGCAGGACAACGAGGAGGAGGAGUAGGUGCCAAAUCGAGACGUCUCCAUGAAAAGCAACUGAGGCAAAGGAGGAAUAAGCUGAGAGAAACUGCGAUCUUCCCAUCCAAAGCCAUAAGGACACACAGCAUGGCGUCGGGCACCGCCGGUCCCAACGGCCGUUCAGGAACAGCCGCGUGACGGGCGGAGGCUCCGUUAGGUUGGGCAGCUGCGAGGGUUCACAACUGUGAGGACCCAGGGCCCUCGUUUUUGGUGGAUCAUUGUGUGUUUACAAUGUGAGCGUGUCGCCACACCCAUUCACCCCCCCCCCCCCCCCCCCCCCCCCCCACACACACACACACUCACUCACUCACUCCCCCACUCAAGGCUGCUCUCUGCAAAAAAAGAAAAAAUUUGAAGGCAGCGCAUUGUUGACGUACCAUCAUUUUAUAAUUUAGACCAUGUAAAUAUUUUAAACGUUGAAUUUGGGUUGUGGACAAAUCGCACCGUCACAUCAAUCCACUUUAUUUUUUUUAAAGUAUUGCCAGACGUACUGCAGUUGUCAAACAACCUGUCAGAGGGCCGUCUCACGGCGAAUAACGGGCAUAGGAUGCUGCUUUAUGUGAGCAAGCUGCGCGACACGCCUCCAGUGUAAAUGUAGAGAAGUGGCACUUUGUGCUUUUAUUAAAAAAACAGACAAACUGUUGUAGCUUCUGCUGCCGCUGUUGUCGUCAUCGUGCAAUUUCAGAUUUUUAGUGUGUCAACAAAAUAAAUGCUACGACCGUAUUCUGGUCGCUCCUGUUAAUAGUUGAUUUUCUACAGAGAAUGUUCUGGUGCAGACAAAAGCUGGGUUGAAACCAGAUAAUGUUUGCAUGCAAAUGUGAAUUGGGACAGUGUGGAGUAGGUCGUGCUAAAGCACCAAUUCUCCUCCACUCAGCUCUUAGACCAUCAGUUGACUGCACAGAUUAUUGGAUAUGGAGUCUAUCGCUACUUAUUCCCAGAUAUUCUUCUAUGGACACAGCCGCUUAAAGGAAAUGCUAACCGUGGUUGGUGUUAUCCUAUGUGGGCAAGCCUUACUGGUUAGCGUUAGCACAGGCGGUACCCAUUGGUCUUUAAGAAAUACAGCAGUUACCGUGAUGACUGUUUGAUUCAGCUCUUGAUUGGCUGAGUACACCUCACUGAGUUAAUUAGCCGUAGGUGGACACAGCGAGACUUAAAAAAACAAAAAAAAUGCAGUAAUGCAGCCUCUCAAUCGUAAAAUGCGCCAUAUCAAGGUAACUGUAUCGAGUAUGAGUAGUAAUACACUCCAUAUCUGGUAAACCCCUGGAAAUGUGCUUUAUUAGACAUUUUAAAAUCUUUUCUAUUUUAUACGUUUGUGGUGGUGGAAGCUUCACCGUGGCUCUGCACUGUUAAUUUUUAUUUUGAAAAGGCACUGAGAGAUUGGGAUCACUGGUGAUUAUGCCGACAUCAGAUGCGUCAUCUCGUUUGGAUCACCCUGGCCUUAACUCCUAAUCUCAGACCAUUUGCCCCCUUUUUUUUUUUUUUUUUUUUUUUUUUUUUUUUUGCAUAUCAUUGUCUUGCUUGAACACACACACACCCACACCCAUGUACGAUUUUUUUUGUUGUCGUAACACUACUUGUUAUAUUACAGCCACAUCAUCUCGGAUUGCUUUUUAUUUAUUUUUUUAAAUCCACCAGAGGGCCAGAAUGUACGAUCAAUGAAAGUGUGUCCCUUUCCAGAGUAGAUUGGGGUGGGGAGUGAGUCCUGAGCUUUGAGCAAGGAGGAUGGGAGUCAAAACAGAUGGAGGUGAAACACAACAGUGGGGUGAGUCUGCCGAAAAGGCCUUGCUGCUUUUCUUUCGGGAUCACUAUACAACAGCUGUGUUCUGCGGCGGCAGGCUGCAGAGUCCUCAGUCAUUGCUACUCGUGCUAAAAAUCUUGGCAGAGUGCGGAUCUUAUGUUUUUUUCCUUCUACCGGUGUUGCCAUUACCAGAAUGGUGUCAUGCCUUUCUGAGCGUCAAUGUGCUUUGACUGCAGUGGACUUGAGGCCUCCUUGGCGCCACCUGACCUCGCUUUUGGGACGACUCACCCCAUCCCGACUGAGAUGUGACUGCUACUAUAGGCUUAUACAGUACUGUACAUAAGAGUUCACUCUGUGAGUGCACAUUUGGUAAAGUUUAUUUAUUUAUAUGUAAGCAUUUAUUAAUGAACAGACGAUAUAUUUAAAAUCCGUGGCAAGACCUCGACUGGGUGGGAAUGCGAGUGGAGUCUUGGCCACGUUUGUCAGGGAAGGGAUAAUUUUUAAAAAAGGAUGGCCCUGUUGUUUUGGGACUUCUUUUGUAAAAAAACAAACAAACAAAAAAAACAAAAGAUCGAGAUAUCCUUGCAUGAUGACAUAUGGGGUUUUCCAGGUUUGGCUGCACUUGAGUUCACUUGGGUUUACAUUUGAAAUGUGCAUGUGUAUUUAUACACAAACUUCAAUAAAGUUGUGUAAUGUUUUCUUG